AAGGUCAUUUUAUUGACAGCUUUUGACCGAUCCAGUCUCAGUUGGAGAAUAUAAAAGCACUUUGGCCGGUGAACUACCGACAUCGACAGGAGUCAAGACGAACACGACUACCAACCAGGUCGCCCUCAAAUCAGCCGGUAACAAAAGCGAAGAUGACAAUCGGGGAUGGCUUCCCUCUGUUCUACGGCGAGCGUCGCACAGCCGCGAGCGUCGACCUGGAGCAGCUUAUCGUCAUCGUCGUCUUCUGCGUCCUCGCCGUCGCAUUCUUGCUCAUCCUCCCGGGCAUCCGUGGCCGAGCGCGAAUCUACUGGUUCAUUCGAGUGCUCCUCAGCCUGCUGAUCGGAUGCCUCAUAGUCGUGGUGAACUUCCAGACGCACUGGGAGGUCGGCCACGUGGAGACACAGACGGAGUACCGCGUGGCGGAUGGCAGCACCAUCAAGGCGCGCAUCGGACUCGGCGUUUCCCUCCACGGCUUCAACAUCACCCUGCAAGGAACUCCGCGGAAUCAGCUGAACGAGAUGAUCGACUACAACGAGCGCUUCACUUGGCAAUCUGGCAACAUCGAGAGCGACUACCAGCAGGCUCUGCAGAGGGGCCUUCCCGUGCCCAUCCUGCAGCUCGCCGAGACGUUCGGCAGAAACAGCGCCUGUGCCAAAGUGUUCCAGUACGCGCAGGCCGGGGGAUACGCCUCUGCGCUCAUUUGGGUCGCGUUUGUCUGCUGGACCCUCUCCAACUUGCUGUUCGUCAUCGUGCUCCGCUACGGCGGCGCGGCGCUUUUCAUGACCGGCUUCUUUCUGGUGAUGGCGCUCAUCUCCUUCGGCUGCACGCGCCUCGCGCCGGUCUGCCAAACCCGACUGGGACUCGAGAACGUCUCACUGCACACCACUUUUGGAUACAGCUUCUGGCUCACGCUCGCCAACGCCGUGCUCUGCUUGCUGUUGGGAAGCCUGGUGAUUGCUGCUCAUUUCGUGGCUCCGCACAAGCUGGAGGAGUUUUUCUCCAACGAGGAGGACGAGAUGGAGGACCUUGAUGAAAAGAAGCAUAAUCUUGUGGAAUACGCCUACUUGAAUGAGGCGUUUACGAAUAAUGCCCUCGACCCAUCAAAGGCAGACAUCACAGUGGCCGUCACGAUUCCAGAGGCAAUUAACACCCAACUCUAACCAUCCACAUCUGAGUGCAACCGGAAUAUAAACACUUUGUCCACAAACAGUCCAGACAUGCAAGCAACUUUGAAAGAUCUAUCACAGACCCGAAUGAAAAAUGUUACAGAGGAGGAAGAUUUGUGAUGUGCAACACAUUCCACUGUUUGAACGCAUUGUACUGAAACAAACACACUGUCAGUGCAACACACUCCAUUUGACCAUGUGCUUGAUAACAUAUGAGAUUUACAAUCUUUAUAGUUAUAUCAUUAUUCCAUCAAAUUGCACUUGUAUUUUUUUUACAAAUACGUGCAGUUCUAACCUGUCGAUUUUAUUUACAAAUUGUACCAAAUGUAUUAAUGGGUAGAAGUAAAGUAUUUAUAGAAUUCUUUUUAUACGUUAAGUUUUAACCGCUACAUGAAUUGCUUCUCAUGGAAAUAAAUUAAUUUUCUAUGAAAAUGAACAUAUGUAUAUUUAACAAUGU